AUUUUUAAAGUUGCAAAAGAAGAAAAAGAAAAAAAAAAAGUCGCGAUUACAGUUGAAGAGAAAUGGAAAGAAUAAAAAAAAAGUUUAAUUUCGGUUUUGUUAUAUGAUGACUUCUGGAUGAAAUGAAUGUAGUUUUCAUAUCUGAUUCAUAUUAGAUCAUUACAGAGCUUGCUGUUUUUGUAUUUUCAUUUCUGUUAUCAAAGGUCAGAGGUACCACAUUUGAAAGAUAUUGCUGUAAAUUAAAUGUUCAAGAAUUUUUUUGAAGCUGAAUCUGAUGAAAGUAAAUUUUGUUUUGUGCAUUCUCUUUUUCCUUCACUCCAACAAAACUGAUUGAUAAACAUGCUAUUAAUAAAAAUAAGAAAUUCAUAGAUUCAACAAUAAGAAAUUCAUUCUACCAUGAAAAUGCUGCUUAUCCUAUGGUAAGAGAUGAAACUGAAAGUUUCAUUUUGGUAGCAAAAAAUGUUAAUCAGUGUCGUAAAAGAUAUUGUUCUGUUUAUUUAGAUCCUACUACUUUUUCAACAAAAGUCAGUGAAUCUCCAAAUAUGGAUGAAGUUUCUGCAAUCAAUGAAUCUAUGGAAGUUAAAGAAUUUCCGAUUUUCAAGGAUGUUUAUGUGGUUAUUAAAAGAUUAAAAGCUCAUGAAAUUCCAAAUAUCAAUAAUGAUGAUAUUUCUGUUAUUAAUGAAACUUCAGAAGUUGGUGAAUCUCCAAAUAUGGAUGAAGUUUCUGCAAUCAAUGAAUCUAUGGAAAUUAAAGAAUUUCCAGUUUUCAAGGAUGUUUAUGUGGUUAUUAAAAGAUUAAAAGCUCAUGAAAUUCCAAAUAUAAAUAAUGAUGAUAUUUCUGUUAUUAAUGAACCUUCAGAAGUUGGUGAAUCUCCAAAUAUGGAUGAAGUUUCUGCAAUCAAUGAAUCUAUGGAAAUUAAAGAAUUUCCAGUUUUCAAGGAUGUUUAUGUGGUUAUUAAAAGAUUAAAAGCUCAUGAAAUUCCAAAUAUAAAUAAUGAUGAUGAUGUUUCUGUUAUUAAUGAAACUUUAGAAGUCGGUGAAUCUUCAAAUAUGGAUGAAGUUUCUGCAAUCAAUGAAUCUAUGGAAAUUAAAGAAUUUCCAGUUUUCAAGGAUGUUUACGUGGUUAUUAAAAAGUUAAAAGCUCAUGAAAUUGCGAAUAUAAAUAAUAAUGAUGAUGUUUCUGUUAUUAAUGAAACUUUAGAAGUCGGUGAAUCUUCAAAUAUGGAUGAAGUUUCUGCAAUCAAUAAAUCUAUGGAAAUUAAAGAAUUUCCAAUUUUCAAGGAUCUUUAUGUGGUUAUUAAAAAAUUAAAAGCUCUUGAAAUUGCGAAUAUCUAUAAUAAUAAUGAUGUUUCUGUUACUAAUGAAACUUUAGAAGUUGAUGAAAUUCCAAAUACAGAUCAUAUUAAUGUUUCUGUAAGUGAUGAAAUAAUAGAUGUACCUUUGAGAGCAAUACCAUGCUGUAUUGUUUUAGAAGACAUCAAAAGCAAACUUUCUGCUGAGGAAUAUUUAAAUUAUUUUAUUCAUAGAGAAAAAAAAUCUAUAAAAAGUCGAAAUAAAGUUUCGAAAUUGAAAAGGAAAAAAUAUCUAAAGAGAAGAAAAGGUAGGCGGUUUUGAAAGAUAAAGAAACCAUUGAAGAAUGUGAAAAAGAUCUUCAAACAAGCAAUUUGAAUGUAAUUUCAUUUUUUUUUUCUCCCAUGAGAUAUUUUUGAAAUUUCUAAUGAAAUUUCAUGCACUCUCUUUAGAGAAAAUCAGCAUAUAUGCAAUACAUCUAGUUAUGUUACAUAAGUAUUCUUUAGGUAAUUUUAAAAUUGAUAUUGCUUUGUUUUGGAAAAACAGUUAAAAAUAAGAAUACAAUAUGAUUUAAGAAAUCUGUUGAUCAAAGCAUGAUAUCAUAAAUAAAUAUAACAGAUAUAAAGUUGAUAAGAAUUUUGUCUCAAAUUCAUAUUUAAUAAACUAAAACAUUUUUUUUUUUUUUUUUUUUGGAGGAUUCAGGGUAUUUCAACAUUAGAUCUAAUAUAUAUAUAUAAUGGUUUUUCUUUGUGCUACAAAAAAAAAAAAUGAAACUAUAGAUAAUUAGAUUAACAUAAUUUCCAUUCUUAAAUAUUUUCAAUAUCACAAAUCGAUUUUUAGAGAUAAUAAA